AUGACAACUACGAAAAUAUUCCUACUUUUGAUUGUACUAUUUUUAUUCGAAGUUUCUGGUAAGUUAGAUUUUUUUUUUGAAAACAAAGUGAUAGAAAAUUUGAAUGUCUAGAAUCUCGUGCAUUUGGACAACGCGUUGAAUAUCGCUAUGAAUAUGAUCCAAGAAAAGAUUCAGAACCUCGAGUUCGCGUAAAAUUCGAUGAUGUAACAGAUGAAGAUGAAUUGAUGAAAAUAUUCAAAAAAUCGAAAAAUGUUCGAAAAUCGCCUUCGAAAUAUUCAACUCAAUCAAUUUCUCCUCAUAAACAACGAUUUAUAACAUCGGAUGAAAUAGAAUCGGAAAAUGAAAAUGAAUAUAUUCCGAGAAGAAAAUUCCGAUCCACUGGGUAGGUUUUUUAAAAGAGGUUUUUUUCACUAACAAAAUUUUUAGAUGGCAAAAUGUGCCUUACACUGAAACUCAAAAUUGGCACAAUGGAUUUUCGAAAUUUCCAGUUCAUCGAUUCAUUGAAUCGCCAGAUAAUAUUGCAGAACAAAUGGCGGAAUUUUUGCGAAAACAAUCGGAAGAUAUUUUGUCAGAUAGAUUUCCCGAAAUUCCACGCGAUCGUUUUUCUGAUCCACCACAUUUUCAUUUUAUUCAUCAUCAACAUCAAAAAAGUCCGCGUUAUUGGUUUUAG